GGGCGCGGGGCCGCCAGACGUGCCGGCGGUCACAGGGCUCCGCACGUCGCUCCCGUCCACCCACUCGCCCGCAUUUAACCCGGCCCGCGGCCGCCCGCCGCUCCUCAGCCCGCGCGGCGCGGGCGCGGCAUGAGCAGCGGCACCGGCACCGGUACCGGCGGCACCGGCAGCGCCCGCAGCCCCUGAGCGCCCGCACCGCCCGCGCCCCCCGCCAUGGAGCGCAUCCCCAGCGCGCAGCCCCCGCCCGGCUGCCUGGGCAAACUGCCCGCCCUGGAGAGCGGAGACCUGCCGGGGCUGGACUUCGCGCACAUGUACCAGGUGUACAAGCCCCGGAGGGGCUUAAAGAGGAGCGAGGACAACAAGGAAACCUACAAGCUGCCGCACCGGCUGAUCGAGAAGAAGAGGCGCGACAGGAUCAACGAGUGCAUCGCGCAGCUGAAGGACCUGCUGCCCGAGCACCUCAAGCUGACGACUCUAGGUCACCUGGAGAAGGCUGUGGUUCUGGAGCUCACCUUGAAGCACGUGAAGGCACUGACCAAUCUCAUCGAGCAGCAGCAGCAGAAGAUCAUCGCUUUGCAGAACGGUUUGCAGGCGGGUGACCUGUCAUCGAGAAACCUUGAUUCCAGCCAGGAAAUGUUUCGAUCCGGUUUCCAGAUGUGUGCCAAGGAAAUGCUGCAAUACCUGGCAAAGCACGAGAACGGCAAGGAGCUGAAGUCGUCGCAGCUGGUCAGCCACCUGCACCGGAUGGCCAGCGAGGUGCUGCAGGGCGGGGCCGCCCGCAAGGCCGGGGACAUCCCUCCCAAACUGGUGGACUUGAAGGAGAAGCCGGCGCCCCUGGGCGCGGCGGGCGAGGGCCACGGGAAGAACUGCGUGCCCGUGAUCCAGCGGACAUUCGCUCACUCCAGCGGGGAGCAGAGCGGCAGCGACACGGACACGGACAGCGGGUACGGGGGAGAGCUGGAGAAAAGUGACUCCAAAUCGGAACAGCCCUAUUUCAAAAAGGAUACCGACCUCAAAUACGCUGUCCAGGAGAGAAUAAGCUCUAUUAAGCAAGAGACUGAGGACCCGCCUGCCAAAAGGAGCAGGCUGGAGUCGCCGCAGGACGAGGGCCCUUUUGGCAGUGACAUGAUGGGCUCUUCCAGCAGCUUCCUGGGCCCCCACGCUCACCAGCCUCCCCUGUGCCUGCCUUUCUACCUGAUCCCGCCGUCCGCCACCGCCUACCUGCCCAUGCUGGAGAAGUGCUGGUACCCAGCCUCGGUGCCCGUGCUGUACCCCAGCCUGCCGGCCUCUGCCGCGGCGCUGACGGGCUUCAUGAACCCCGACAAAAUCUCCCCCCCUCUGCUGAUGCCCCAGAGACUCCCUUCUCCUGUACCGGCCCAUUCCCCCAUCGACUCCUCGGCUCUGCUUCAAGCUUUGAAGCAAAUUCCUCCUUUGAACUUGGAAACCAAAGACUGAGCGCAGUGUGACUGGUUUUUCUCUUUUUUUUUUUCUUUUUUUUGUUUUUUUUUUUAGUUUGAGAGACUGUUUCACUUUUAUAUAUUGGCUGGACUGAGGUGUGGGGACGAGGUUCACUGUGCGUAGGAAGCUAAAUCCCCUUUUCUCUUGACCUGUCAGGUAGCUUGGAGAAGGAUGAAGGAUGCGCCCAGGUUAGCAAUUGACAACUACUUCCAAAAGAUUAAUGAAGGGUUUAAGAAGGGUUUUGUGCUUUACCCCUUCCCUUCUUCCCUCUCCACAUCUACAGAGCAACAGUUGACUCAGUCAGCUGCGAAUCUAUUGCAAAGCUGUGAAGAAAUAUUCCAUUGGUCAGACCUGGUUGGAGGGUCUGCGGAUAUAAAAUCCAUAAAUAUAACCCACGGUACUUCCCUGAGCGGUGCUGAAGGCAAUGGCCCCGCUGGCUCAUUGGAGCUGGGCUGGUGUCCAAGGGACCCGAGUGUGGGGUGGUGGUGGUGGCAAUGCCACCGUGAGAACAGGAGCAGGACAGUGCUCACUGCAGGGGCAGCAGUGUCACCAGGAGGAGCAGGGUCACUGGUGGUGGUGGCAAUGCCACUGUGAGUGCAGGAGCAGGGCAGUGGUCACUGGUGGUGGUGGCAAUGCCACUGUGAGUGCAGGAGGAGCAGGGCAGUGGUCACUGUGGGGUGGUGACAAUGCCACUGUGAGUGCAGGAGCAGGGCAGUGGUCACUGGUGGUGGUGGCAAUGCCACUGUGAGUGCAGGAGGAGCAGGGCAGUGGUCACUGGUGGUGGCAAUGCCACUGUGAGUGCAGGAGCAGGGCAGUGGUCACUGGUGGUGGUGGCAAUGCCACUGUGAGUGCAGGAGGAGCAGGGCAGUGGUCACUGGUGGUGGUGGCAAUGCCACUGUGAGUGCAGGAGGAGCAGGGCAGUGGUCACUGGUGGUGGUGGCAAUGCCACUGUGAGUGCAGGAGGAGCAGGGCAGUGGUCACUGUGGGGUGGUGGCAAUGCCACUGUGAGUGCAGGAGCAGGGCAGUGGUCACUGUGGGGUGGUGGCAAUGCCAUUGUGAGUGCAGGAGCAGGGCAGUGGUCACUGGUGGUGGUGACAAUGCCACUGUGAGUGCAGGAGCAGGACAGUGGUCACUGUGGGGUGGUGGUGGCAGUGGUGGCAAUGCCACCAGGAGAGCAGGGCAGCGGUCACUGCCUGGUCACACACAGGUCAGGCAGACCUAAGACGGGUUUCUCUCCACACCUUUGCUGAUACAUAGGUAUUUUUUAACAAAUAAAAGGUAGCUGCUGCUUGGAGCUUUCCAUGGCGUACAUCUAAUAAAUAAAUUAACCUGCGCCCUUCCUGUAACUCGAGCUGCUAGCCGGGCGGGCUCGGGAGGAGCUGUCCCUGGGAUGGCUUUGCUGGUGGCACCCGGCUCCAGCCUCUCCCGCUGCUGCUGUGGCCUCGUCCCUCGGGAAUGAGCUCGGUUUGCCCGGCCGGGAGCGCCGGGAGCUCCUUGGCACAGGGAGCAGCUGAGGCAGCGCCAUCCGUGCCCGACAGUGCCUUUGGAAAACGGCAGGGUGGGAUUCCAGAGGAGCCUGAUCCCGGCAGGAUUGGGGUUCCUCCCUGCCAAACCUGGCUCGCCUCUUAAGGGGAGAGGGGUCCGUGUGACACUUGGCCUGGAGCCUGCAAGGGGCUUUCUCCGCAGAGGAACAUCAUCUCCAGUUUAGCUUCUUUCUAAUUAAAAAACCCCAAAGCUCACUGCUAAAGGCACUGCUCUUUGGUGGUUUUUUUCUUACUGGUUUGAGAACUGGUGAGCAGAACCCCUGUCUGGAUCCUCAUGUCGCCCUCCCAUUGCACCAGCUGUUGAGAUGCACUAUGCUUGAUUGCAGAUUGUGUUCUAACGUUUAUUUUGUUGUUGGUUUUUUUGGGUUUUUUUGGUAUACAGUUGUUGCCUUUAUUUGUAAAAUCCUGUUAUAAAUAUAUAUAUAUAUUAUAUAAAUAUAUUAAAAGUUAAAACGUUUCAGAUGUCUAUUAUUUGUAUAACUACUUGAGCAUAAAGAAGUGAGAAAUAUGAAUGUAUUCUUGUUUCUGGGUUGUCUUUUUUUUUUUUUUUUUUUUUUUUGAAGAGAAGAAUAUUCCGUUUUUCUCUCGGGAGAGGUACAGUGUUUAUAUUUUGGAGCCACCUCCAAGGUGGGAUAUUGUACAUAUUUUUAUCUUGAGUAAAUGUUAAGUAGCUGUUUAAAAAUGCUUAAUAAAAUAAUUCUUUUCCUGUGGAAGAUAA